UUUCUAUUUAUAAGGAAGCUGCUACGUCGAACAAUGGUACUUUAAGUGUGAGUACUUGCGAUAAUGAUUUCAAAUUUAAAACUAACUCUGAUUUCCUUGACGUACAUUGUUACAACAGUAAGCGAGGCCAGCGUUCCACAAUGGAGUGAAUCCUAUUCCGUCAGGGGAGUUCUUUAUCUUCCUUACGCAGAAAUUGAAGAGCCUUUUCAUGCUUGGUAUAAUGGUCCAAAUGGUAACUCACGAAUUGAUUUCUACGAUGGCAUGGCAAAAACUUACCAAUUAGGUGCAGAUGACUACGGUACCGGUAUUAAGAUAGUUCCUUUUACAACUGAAGAGGUUUCGAAUGAAAUAACAUGUUUUCUUGUAAAUGGUACAGAAGAAGAACCAGUUAAAUCUCAAUCUAUACUACCAUCGUUGGAUGAUUUCCAGCUUGAAGGUACUGAAGGAGAGGGUGAAUCAGAAAUGGAAAUAUGGAGUCUAACAGUACAAGAAAUGGAAAAGAAAAAUGUUUACACAAUGUGGGUUCGUUACGACAGUAAUAAUCAACCUAUACCAGUAAAAUAUGACAUGAAAGGUUAUAAUACUCUUCUUGGCAGUCACUACGAUCAUUAUUAUUUAGAAUACGACUCUUACCUGAUUUACCAAGAAGGAUUUCCAUUAGGUGUAUUUGAUGUGAAACUUUAUGAAUGUAGAAGUUUCCCGGGACCCGGUAACCAACAUUCUCACAAUAUAAAUCCCAUGGGCGAAUUUAUACGACCGGAAAAAUCCGAACACGUGGAUCAUCAUUUCAAUGAAUUCAUUAGAGCACAUAACAAACAAUAUUCCGAUGUAAACGAGCAUGUCAUGAGGAAAGAUAUCUUUAGACAAAAUUUCAGAUUCAUUAAUUCUGUCAACAGACAAAAUAGAGGAUAUUCAUUGGCUGUCAACCAUCUGGCCGAUAAAACUAACGAAGAGAUGAAAAUUUUGAGGGGUAGAAUUCCAAAUGGAGGAUACAAUGGCGGGAAACCUUUCCCUUAUAAAAACGUUGAUAGCGAGGAUCUUCCAGAACAAUAUGAUUGGAGAUUGUAUGGAGCUGUUACACCAGUGAAAGACCAAGCGGUGUGUGGUUCUUGUUGGUCUUUUGCUACCGUUGGACACUUAGAAGGAGCUCUGUUUUUGAAAAAAAAUAAUAGAACAAAUUUGGUUCGAUUGUCUGAACAAGCAUUAGUUGACUGCUCAUGGGGAUACGGUAACAAUGGUUGUGAUGGCGGAGAAGACUUCAGAUCCUACCAAUGGAUUUUAAAACAUGGAGGUAUUCCCCUUGAUAGUGAUUAUGGAGCUUAUAUAGGCCAGGAUGGGUAUUGCCACGCUGAUGGUUUAAAUAAAACGGCAUCCAUCACUGGAUGGGUGAACGUUACAGUUAACGAUGUAAAUGCACUUAGAUUAGCAAUUUUCAAGGAAGGACCAAUAAGCGUCGCCAUAGAUGCAAGUCAAAAAACGUUCCGUUUCUAUUCUAACGGAGUAUAUUACGACGAAAAUUGUGCCAACGGUGCGGACGAUAUGAACCACGCAGUACUCGCUGUUGGAUAUGGUACAAUGAAUGGAGAAGAUUAUUGGUUGAUAAAAAAUAGUUGGUCCACUUAUUGGGGCAAUGAUGGGUACAUUCUAAUGUCUGCCAGAGAUAAUAACUGCGGAGUUAUGACCCAAGCUACAUACGUAACAAUGUAAUGUGAAAAAUACGAAUAAAUGAAUUAAACUGUAAAAUAAA